AUGACCAGUCAGCCCCUUAUCCCACUCUUCUGCACUGCCACAGUGACUGCAGCUACUGCCUACUCUCAGGACGUGGCUCAAGAUGAACUCGACGCUCGCAGCCUGUACUUCAUGGUGGACAGGAGCAUCCCACCACGGGGCACCACUCCGACUCUCACGGUGCAGGAUCCGGGUUCACUUCCAUUUCUGAACUGGGUCCCAGAGCAAAUCGGCCAGUUCCUUGCGGGUAGCGUCCCGUCGACCUCUCCCUUGUCUGCCACGGACUUUGUGAUGAUCGAUGCUACCACCACGCAGACCCAAAUGGCUCUCUACGUGCGCAUCAAGAAAUCUGGAGCUUUAGGCUCUGUCCGGCUCGCACUGCAGGAUAUGAAUGAUAUCCCAUUGGCGGUGCUUAAUGGUACUCUAGGGUUUGACGAAGUUCAGUCUGGGUAUUCAGGCGCGUCCGGUGAUGGAAGAUAG